AUGGGCUUGGACGGCGGAACAGAAGGUGUCAUGCCUCCCGCUGGGGGCUGCUCUUCACAGAACGUUCAGCGUGCUGCGGGGCGAGAGCAGCUGGUGCGUGCUCUCGACGAGUCACAGCAGGUGGCCGUCUGCGAGGACCCCUCGGUGCCGCUUUUAAUUCUUGCCGGUGCUGGCAGCGGCAAGACGCUGACGAUGGCAAGCCGCAUCGCGUACAUCAUUCACUCUGGGGUGGCGCCGGAACACAUUUUAGGUCUUUGCUUCUCGCGGCAAGCUGCGGAGGCGCUGCGAGAGCGCGUGGCCGCCGUGCUGCCGCCCCCUCUGGCGACGCAGGUGCAGCGGAUGAAGCUGAAGACCUUUCACGCAUUUGGGCUGGAGUGCCUGCGGCGGCACGGUGGCAUUGACUUAGCCACGGAGGUGUACGACGCACGACGGCAGCGGGAACUUGCAGCUGCCGUGGUAGAGGCCCACGCCGCCCACCACAAGGGCCUCGAGGCUGUCCUUGCGCUUGUUGAGUACGUGAACAAGGCUAAGACGAAGAAGGAGAUGCGUGCCGGCACAGAACUUGAUCCCUCGCGACAGGCGGCGUACCUUUUUCGCUUCUACCAGACGAUGCUCCAUGAGCAGCACCACGCCGUUGACUUUGGCGACCUGGAACAGAUGUUCCUUGAGGCGCUGCGGCCGUUGAAGCAGCAGGAGCCGCCGUCGGAGGUGGAGCGGGGCGGUGACAGCAACAGCAACAGCACAACGAGUAUCGCCCCGCCACCGCGGCUGCCCUCGCCGGUAGCACUGCAGCUGCGGGCCCAAUACACGCACAUCGUUGUGGACGAGUUUCAGGACCUGAACGAGGUGCAGCUGGAGUGCCUCGCCUUGCUCGCUGGAGACGCGUGCCGCGUGACAUGUGUGGGGGACCCGAACCAAUGCAUCUACACCUGGCGCGGGGCAACAACGAAUACUUUUGAGCGCUGGCGGAGCCGUUUUCCGCACACCAAACUUGUUAGGCUAGACACGAACUACCGCAGCUCCGCGGAGAUCGUGAGCGCCGUCAACGAGCUCACGCAGUUGUCGCAGCAGAGCUUUAAGGGGCAGUGCGGGCGCCGCAUCAUCCUCGUGCGGUGCCCGCACGCCUACGAGCAGAUGCUGCUCCUGCCGCGCGUAGUGGAGUUGUUGCGCACACGGGAUCGCGGCCUGCAGUACGGCGAUAUUGCCAUUCUCUGUCGCACACGGCGCACGGUGCGUGACGUGGUCGCGGCGCUGGAGCAAGAUCAUCUUCCCGUGUGUGAACCAUGUCUGAGCAGACCCAACUCUAUCGCCCUGGUCCGCGCCAUCCUCUCGUACCUGCGCCUCUGCGUACACCCGCACUCUAACCUUGACGUGGAGUGUGUGAUACGCGAUGCGCCCAAUCACUUUGCGGCGGCCGCUGCAACAAAAUUUAUUUUUGCACUGCAGGCUGAGUGCAUGCAGCGACGGCGCGAGUUAAGCGCGGCGACGCUACAGUGUGAGGACAGCCACGCGGCGUACUCCUACUACACCAUUCUUCGAGAGUUGGUACACAACGGCUUUGUCUACGUGCAUGAACGUCUUCGGACGACGAAGCCGCAGCAAAAGUUCCUUCGCACUUUUAUUGAGGUCACCACGGCCGCCCACGACUCGCUGGGACGGAACUACUGUGACAUUGAGGAGGUAGUGAGGAGUGUUGCGGAGCGAGCGGGUUUUGACGGUGGUGGUGCCACCGGCGUACGCAUCCGGCGCUGCGCGGUUGGCGGUAGGAAGCGUCAACGUUCGCCCCCACGAUGGCGGCAUUCCGCCGUGGUGUGGGACGACGUCAUGGGCGACGCUGAUGACGAGGCCGCGGCGAUGGAGGCUGAGGGAGCCGCGAUGUCUAUUUCGCAGGUUCUCAUUGAGGCGUGUCGCACAGUGCAGCAGCAGGCGUUAACGGAGCAGCAGGCAGCCAGUGGCCAUGAGCCGCAGAGCGGCGACACAGACGUGGGGGCGGCGGUGGCCGUCGUCAAGGCGGAAUUUAAAGUGAGGAAUGACACCUACACUCUGCUGCAGCGUGUGAUUGACGAGUUUCUGGCGCUGCUUCCGACAGACGACUUUGGCCCGCUAAAGGGCGGCGGUGUGAAGACGGAGCCAACGUCUGGCGCCGCCGUCACAGUGACAACGGUGCAUCAGGCGAAAGGGAAGGAGUGGCUCUCUGUCAUUGUGCCAUGCUGCUAUGAAGGCGAAUUCCCCAUUGACGCGAGGAGCGCGGAGGAGAGGCGGGUCUUUUACGUGGCCAUGAGUCGAGCAAAGCGGGAUCUGGUGCUUAUGACAGCAGAACGUGGGCCGCCCACCACACGCAGCUACGAGAAUGGGAGUGGUGCUUCGGACUGUGAGGAGCAACCGCUACAACUCACGCCCUACCUGCGUUCCCUGCUGCCGCUCAUGGAAACACUACCCAUGACGUGCCAGGAACCGAUGAGGGGAGAACCGUAG